UCUUGUUCAAAUGUUCUUCUUCUCGAUGUCUCCUUCUCGUCUGUUUUUCCCUUUUUGUUUGCCAGCUUGAAGACACAUCUAUUGUGAGACUUACUUGUGACGCGAUGUAAUCUGUGAAAACAUUGUGAUUUCUGCCGCUCAAAGUCAGAUAAUCAAAGAUCAAAACGAGAGAAAGAUCAUCGGAAACUGCUCUAACUAUCUAACCUCUGCUUACAUAUGCAGCAUCUUUUGGCCAAGUUUGAGUAUUCUUUGAUCAGACCGUUCAACGAUGUUAUGGAACGCCUCUCUGGCAUAGGCCUGACCACCGAUCUGUAUCUAUGAACACUGUCUACUAGGAUAUUUUCGUUUCUUAUUUUAUCACUUACCAAUACCAUCAAAAACAGGAAUCUCGAUCACGCCUGGAGCUCAUAAUCUUCCCAGACCUUCAAGAGUAUAGGACUAAUUUUCCUGUGGAAACUAUAUUGGAAUUUUCCUUGGUGAAUCUCCUCUCUUCCUUUGAUUUGAUGUCAUGGCUGGGGCAAAGAACAAGCCAACCGGCCCCAGCAACUUUCUUUUGUGGUUACUCCAUCGCAUGUACACGGUAAGGAUCACCAUACUAUGGGUCAUGACCGUGCUUCUGGUGUGUGUGUUCCUGAUCUGGGGCUACGUGGAUCAGUUCUGUGAGCAUUGUGUGGAGCUGGAUAACCAGAAGCAAAUGGCAGGAGGAGAUGGGAGGAUCCAGCAACGGGAUCAGUGGCCGACAGCCAGCAGCAACUCAUGUAUGACAGUGAAUUUUGCCGAGGAGGGCAGUCAAUCGCUUGUAGCAUUGGCCAGUUAUCCAGGCUCGGGCAACACCUGGCUGAGGCAUCUAUUGGAACACUCUACCGGCAUUUAUACAGGCAGUGUCUACAUUGACAGGAGACUCAAAGAGGGCGGUUUCCGCGGAGAGAGUGUCAACUUUAUGAAGAAGAGUGUCCUUGGUGUGAAGAUGCACCGAUGCAGUAAGAAUGAGCUGGGAAAGUUUGAGGCACUUAUCCUUCUUGUCAGGAACCCGUAUCAUGCGAUGAUUUCAGAAUGGCAUAGAUACCACUCCACUGGACAUGUGAACAAAGUUGAUGAAGAUACAUUCCACACGAAAGAAUGGGAGGACUUUGUCGAAGAGGAAAGUAGCCAUUGGGAAAGAAUGAUGCGCAACUGCUUAAAGGACUCUCUUAAAACCAAGGUCGUGUUCUACGAAAACCUUCAAACGAACCUAGAACUUGAGCUCGCAAAUCUUCAUCUAUUCCUCAGGGUACCUAUCGAUAUUGAAAGGUUAAAGUGCGUGAAGGGCAACUCCGAGGGGAAGUUUCACAGGGGGGCGGAUCAAGAGUUUGACCCCUAUACAGAAGAAAUGGUUGCUAAAAUCAACAAGAGGAUCCUAAGUGCUGCUGUUGCACUCAAGGAGAGGGCAAAUGUUAAAUUUCCGGUGGAUUAUAGGAAAUUACCCGGUUCAUAGCACAGGUUUCUUGAUGUGUAAAGGUGGAUGCAUGUUGAACUGUGGACCGCAAAUUGUAGGUGCUAUCUAAUAUUAUCUACUUUAAGCUUUUGGAUAAUAUGUUUUCUGCUACCAAAUCCAAGAUAUUUCGUUCCUUAACUUAAAAAAAAAAAAAAGAUAUGGGAGCAUGCGGCCUCACCCAGGCAGAUGUUGAAACCCAGAAUGCUUGGAGAAAAGCCAUAAAGGAAAUGGAACGUCAUCCAUCCCACAACUUGAUGACUAUGAUGUCACUGACUUCAUCACAGUUUUCAGUGUACCUGAUGAUUCUGUGAAGUUGACAUAACCUCUAUGGCUUGAAUGAGAA